GAGGGGUGCGGCACGGCAGAGCGGCGGCAGACGAGCGACAGCACCGGCCGCAAGACGGAGAGUGCGCGGCAGCCGGGGCCCGUGCUGCGCGCCGUGGGGCGGCCCGCGGCCGGCCCGCGGCGGCGCUGGGUCCCGCCCUCCUCGCUUCGGCACCACGAGGUGUCCGACGGCGACGCCAAGCACGAUGCCAUAUUUCGCAAGGUGCGCGGCAUCCUGAACAAACUGACUCCAGAAAAGUUCCAAAAGCUAAGCGAUGACCUGCUCGGCCUGGAGCUGGACUCCGACAAAGUGUUGAAAGGCGUGAUCUUACUCAUCUUCGAGAAGGCGCUCGAUGAGCCAAAAUAUUCGUCGAUGUACGCUCAACUGUGCAAGAGACUGAGCGAGGAGGCUCCCAACUUCGAGCCGCCCGGGCUGCCUUGCACUUUUAAGCUCCUUCUGCUUAACAAAUGCCGCACUGAGUUCGAGAACCGCGCGCAGGCCUUCGCCGCCUACGAGGACCGCUCGCUUGGGCCCGACGAUGAGGAGAAACGCCACCUCGCCAAAUGCAAGAUGCUCGGUAACAUCAAGUUCAUCGGCGAGCUCGGCAAACUCGAGAUUCUCGCCGAAUCAAUUCUGCAUCGAUGCAUCCAGAAGCUGCUAGCGCGGCGGGCCGCUGCCGACCACCACGAGGAUCUCGAGUGUCUCGCGCAGCUCGUGCGUACGUGCGGCCGCGUACUCGACUCGGAGCGCGGACGCGGUCUGAUGGACCAGUACUUCGCGCGAAUCGCUUCGCUCUCCGCUUCGCCCGAGCUGGCGCCCCGUAUUCGCUUCAUGCUGCGAGACGUUCUCGAGCUGCGGCGCAGCGGAUGGACGCCGCGCAGCGCCGCCGCCGCCGAAGGGCCCGUACCCAUCCAGCAACUCCGCGCCGAUGACGAACCGCCGCCGCGCCGCGAGCGCGACUCGCUGUUCCGCGGCGGCCUUCGUUCGCGGCCGCUCGACGACGUGUUGGCGGGGCUGUCGCUGCAGCCCGCCUCGCUCGGUCCGUCGCCCGACAAGCUCUUCGGCAACGGCUUCGGCCGCGACGCUUUCCGCCAGCGUUCGGCUCCCGGCUACUUUCCGCGCUCGCAGCAGCAGCACCGAGCUCCCAAGGAGGGCGCGGCCAGCGGCAAGGAGCGAGGCCGCGCGCGAGUCCCCGCGCCGCCGGGCGGCCUCGAAAACGUGCAGAUGAGGCCGGCGGCCAACUCGCUCAUGUUCACGGCCUCGACGCGUCUCAACAAACCGCAGCCGCCGCCGUUGACGCCGUCGCAGCCCAGCGUUGUGCCGGCGUCCUUCGUGAGCGCCGCGCCUCUGCUCAAGGAGCCGCCCAUCACCAUUAAAGCGGCAGACAAGAAGGACAAACCCAAAAAAGAUAAGGGUCCCAACAAGGAGGAGGCGUGUCGCUUGGCCGUGGAGGCGGUGGGCGAGAUGGCGGAGGUGGAAGAGGAGGACCCCGAGCGGGAGCCCGAGGCCCUGAGGCGCCUGCGCGACCUCGCUCUGCCCGACAAGCUGCUGCGACGCGCCAUCGUCGCGGCGCUGGAGCACGCGCUCACCGCUCCCGCCGCGCCUCGUCUCGCACUGGCCGCGUGCCGCGUCGUGCGCGCAGUCAAGCGGGCUCCGCUAGGCGAGACCCUCCGCGCGCUCGUCGUGGCCCACGGAGGAGACGACCGGGCGGCCGCGCUGCUGGCGGCCGCCGUGCUCGCCCGGCUCGUCCCGCUGGCCGAGGUGGGCGCGUGGUGCGAGGGCGGCCACCAUCAUCCACUGCUACCGGACGUGCUCGUCGCGCUGCGCGAGGCCUCCGGCGCGGACGAGUUGGCGCGGUUGUACGCCGAGAGCAAAAUCGACCUGUGCGCGUACGCGGGCGGGCCGGGCGGCGGCGGCGUGGAGGCGCUCGAGGCCCGCGGGUUGAGCGCGCUGGUUCCGCAGCUGCGGGUGCAGGCGGCGCUGGCGCGUCAGCUGGCCGGCGAGCCGGCACCGGCGGCGCUGUAUCGGUGGAUCAAGACGCACGUGGAGGCGAGCGUGCGAGGCACGGGCGCCUUCGUGUCGGCUCUGGUGGCGUUGCUGGCGCAGCAAGUCACGGGCGCGGCCGACGCGGCCGGCGGCGACAAGGCGGCCGUGGAGCGCGAGAAGGCGCUGCUGGAGGGCUAUGCGCCUCUGCUGCGCGCGCUGCUCGACCGCCGACCCGAUCUGCAGCUGGCGGCCGUCUACGCCGUACAGGUUCACGCGCACGCGCACCGUUACCCCAAGGGCAUGCUACUGCGAUGGUUCAUGUACUUGUACAACAUGGAGGUGUGUGAAGAGGAAGCCUUCUUGCGCUGGCGAGAAGACGUGACGGACGCGUACCCGGGGAAGGGCGAAGCGCUGUUCCAGGUCAACGCGUGGCUCACCUGGCUGCAGCAGCAGGACUCGGACGACGACGAGCCGGACGACUAGAUCACUUCAUCUCAUCUAUAAAUAUAUUAUUAAGCCCAAUAGUUUAAACAGCCACCUCGUUAGCCUGAGCCGCGUCGCUCCAUUCUUGAAUAGGUCAAUUGUUUAGGUUAUACUAUGUAACAAACAUUAGUAUCUCGAGAUAAUUUUUUCUAGGCCUUUUACUCGAUUUUGAUACUUUUACAAAUGUAUACAAUGUAUAGUGUUCGUUUGAACGUAUGAUUGCACUCCCGUCUGCCUGCUCUUACCCACUCCCCCGUGUUGAGCGUGUUUAGUUAAAAUUGUAAAAAAUGUCUAAUAUGAAGGACUUAAAUCAAUUUUUUUAUAUAGGGUUUCAUUGUUUACUUUGAAUACUAAAUGGAUGUAGUGAGUUAAUGGUAAUGCUUCAAAUUAAUUGUUUAUUGGUAAAAUUUACUAUUAGAUAAAGGGACUGAUUGUUUUCUGGCAAAUAGAAUAUAGAUGUAUGUCCAAGGAGUGAAUAAUUAUAAAGUUGUGAAGUGUCACCAAGUUAAGUAAUAAUAAAUAAUCAAUAUGAUAUAGUAAUAUGUAUUCAGGAUGAGAAUAAACUUCAGUGUAAUUUA